ACAGGAUCAAUCCACAGGACAUCCCCCCCAGCGCCAUGCAGGCAAUCAGCCAACUCGACAUCCUCCUUAAGGAUGGCACUGAAGUCGAGUUUUCUGAAAGGGGAGAUGCGCUUUCCUCCGUGCUCAAAUCGCUAUGCCGUUCGUAUCGACUUGAGAGAAGGAUGAGCACAGGCUCCGGUGUCAGUCUGGAUUUGAAGGUCGGUUCAAGGACACAUUCAGGCCUCGUCUCUAUCCAAGCCUUGUGGGAGGCGACAAAGCGCGACACCAGUCCACGAGACGAGAUCUUCGCAAGGAGAAUCCUGAGCCCAGUGAAAGAGAGAGUCAUAGUCGCAUAUGUCGAUCGGCGUGCUGUCCGAACAAGGCGUGAGGAACGCCGAAGACAAGAGAGAUCCUGGAAUCGCGGACCAUUCCCGGCUGUGGACGAGAACCGAGAUCCAUACAUUGUAGCCACUAUGAUCGCAUCGGCGCAGCAAACGGAAAGGGGCAGCGGUAGCUCCGUAGUGGUCAUAGACGUUGCUACAGAGGAUCCUCAAGUGGUAGCUGGCACUUUCGGAGGUCGUCGUGGAGGAGAACAAUCCUCUCCACGCUUUCUAGUUCAUUCCGCAUACAUUCCCGCGAGAUACUUUCAACUCUUCGAAAUCCCGUACAAGGCUCCAGAAAGGCUGCCGAUAGUCCAGGUACGAAGUCAAUCUGUACAGAUAUGGCCUUACCGCGAACGGGAAGGUCGGCUUCAAAACAUUCUCGACCAGUCUCUGGCCAGUGCAGCCCGGGAACGGGACAAGGUAUACGAAAGCCCUACACCGUGCCCUAGCGAAGACUGACAGCUGCAUGUUCCGUAGGAGGAGUUCAUACGAUGUCUUGUCCUAUCAGCCCAAGAUGGCCUCUCGCUGCUUCUCGCUAUGGCCAUCGAUUAUGCUAGAUACAACCCAGUUACGGCAGACGAACACGGUAGCCAAGAUGAAGAGAGCGACAUUAUCGGCCCCAUAAGGCGCAAGUACGAUUCGAACACUGUCGCAGAUUGGGCCUUUGAAGCCUAUCGGGCACUGUCAUCUGCAAAGGAUGGUGCGACACAUGUGGCC